UCAUGCGUCACGCUGCUCGUCUCCCCUUCUUUGAAUGGGUCUCCAGGUCGCCACCCGCCAACUCUGGCGCCACCAGGGUUUCCUCAAGAAUGCUACUCUCACCCAAACCCCAACUACCGCCCCGAGGCUGCCGUCAGGAAAAACCUGCGUUGCCAGCUUGCCCCAAAGCAAGAUGGCUGCCAUUCUCUGUGCUCUUCUCCCGAAGUGAAGCUAUCCACUCCUCGCUUAAUGCCGCUGCCAGGCUGCCCUCAUCUAGUAUGGCUACUCCGGCUCAUGCCUCACUAUGGUCUCGAAGCCGCCGCCAACCGGCCAGGUUCCGGGAGGCGCUGUUCAGGAUGCAACCACCCCCGCCCGCUGUCCCCUCCCCCACGCCCGCGGUGGCGGCGGCGGCGGCUGGAUCCCGGAUGCGGCGCCGUGAGACGGGCCCGGGAGAGCGGCGCGGAUGGAUCCAACAUGGCGGCGCCGAGCCUGAGCCGAGAGAAGAGACCUGGGAAAUUAAGUUUCUUGAAGAGUACAGUGGGAAUUACAGCUGCUGAGCAGGGACUCUGGGAAGCAUUGCGUACCUGAGCCCCCAGCAUGGCGGGCCUAAAGCGGCGAGCAAGCCAGGUGUGGCCAGAAGAGCAUGGUGAGCAGGAACAUGGGCUGUAUAGCCUGCACCGCAUGUUUGACAUCGUGGGUACCCAUCUGACACACAGAGACGUGCGUGUGCUUUCCUUCCUCUUUGUUGAUGUCAUUGAUGACCACGAGCGUGGACUCAUCCGAAAUGGACGUGAUUUCUUAUUGGCACUGGAGCGCCAGGGCCGCUGUGAUGAGAGUAACUUUCGUCAGGUGCUGCAGCUGCUGCGCAUCAUCACUCGCCAUGACCUGCUGCCCUAUGUCACCCUCAAGAAGAGACGGGCUGUGUGCCCUGAUCUUGUAGACAAGUAUCUGGAAGAGACAUCAGUUCGCUAUGUGACCCCCAGAGCCCUCAGUGAUCCAGAACCGAGGCCUCCCCAGUCCCCUAAAACAGUGCCUCCCCACUAUCCUGUGGUGUGCUGCCCCACUUCGGGUCCUCAAAUGUGUAGCAAGCGGCCAGCCCGAGGGCGAGCCACACUUGGGAGCCAACGGAAACGCCGGAAGUCAGUGACACCAGAUCCCAAGGAAAAGCAGACAUGCGACAUCAGACUCCGAGUUCGGGCUGAAUACUGCCAGCAUGAGACUGCUCUACAGGGCAAUGUCUUCUCUAACAAGCAGGACCCACUGGAGCGCCAGUUUGAGCGCUUUAACCAGGCCAACACCAUCCUCAAGUCCCGGGACCUGGGCUCCAUCAUCUGUGACAUCAAGUUCUCUGAGCUCACCUACCUCGACGCAUUCUGGCGCGAUUAUAUCAAUGGCUCAUUACUAGAGGCACUUAAAGGUGUCUUUAUCACAGACUCCCUCAAGCAAGCUGUGGGUCAUGAAGCCAUCAAGCUGCUGGUGAAUGUGGAUGAGGAGGACUACGAGCUGGGCCGACAGAAACUCCUGAGGAACUUGAUGCUGCAAGCGUUGCCCUGACCGUCUCCCCACCUCUCACCUUGGUGGGGACUGUUCCCACCACCCACUUCUGGAGCUUACAUACUGAUCUGGGGUUCGUUCUCUACCCUUCCAACCAAUCACACCCCUGCCUUUUGUUUGUCAGGUUUUUUUUAAAAGGAAAAGACAAAGGAAAGUGGAAGUGGUGUUCCCCACCCUCCCUGCACCCACGUGCCUGGGCUUCCCCCAGUUUCCCAUUUCCACUUACCCUCUAAUGUGUCUCCACAGCCACCUUACCACUGAGCCGAAUGACAAAUGUAUAAGAAGCAAAGUCUAUAGAACAUAGUCUUUGUAAGGGAUUGAAGUGAACACUGCUUUUGGUUGCAUUGAGGGGUUCUCAAUACUUCUGGCUUUAUGAGGGCUCUUAAAUUUUGUCUGAAAAACCAAAGGGCUGUAAGGGAGCUACGUGGAAGGUGGGACUCUGAAGUGUAUUUUGGAAAUUAAUCACCUCCCUCUUCCAAAUUACAGAAUUUUUUUUUU